AUGCCUUUAGCGAAGCAACGAGCCAGGGGUUCCCUGAAAACAACUAGGGGUUUCGGUUUGAGACCACGGAAGCAGCGAAAUCGUGGAGGACAGACAUUUUUCACGACCGUGGCGAGCUCUCAACGAUUCCAACUCCACUCGGUUGUUCAACGGAAUACUCCGUUCAACGGCAAGGUGAGAGAAAAAGUGCUUUGGAGUUGCGCUUUGGACUGGCCUGGAAGUGAAGGGUUCGCGGACGGAAGGGUUGGUGAAGGAGAACGAGAAGACGGUGGAGGUUAUGGAGGCGCUGGAGUGAAGACUUUGACGUUCGAUCCACGCGGCGACGGCAUUCUAGAAUUUGGAAAUCCGAAAUUCGAAAUCCUCAACCUAGAGGAUCGUUUUCCGUUGGAGAUAGAUCUUGGAAGUGGAAUCUCGCGCGUUCGUGAAAAGCUUUCAACUCCGAUGGGCAACAACUGUGUGGGACCGAACGCCGGCAACGGCUUUAUCCAGUCUGUCACGGCGGCUGUGUGGAAGACGCGGCCGCCGGAGCCCCACCUUACCCUGCCUUCUGGAGAGACCAAAACCUCGUCUCCGGCACCGAACGCCGAGAAAGCCUCGGAACGCGCGCCUCCCCGACCCGCGGAUCCUCCGAUGCCGGUGCAGAGCACACCGCCAGAGCCAGUGAAAAUGCCCACCGUGCCGGUCGCGAAGCCGCUCCCGCUGGACCACGAGAAGCCGGCAUCGAGCCACACAGAGCCAGUUCCAGCGGAGAAGCCGAAGAAACCCACGCACGUGAAACGCGUGUCCAGUAUGGGACUUCAAGUGGACUCGGUGCUGGGUCGAAAAACAGAGAACAUGAAGGAGUUCUUCAGCUUGGGAAGGAAGCUGGGGCAGGGGCAAUUCGGGACGACGUUUCUGUGCGUACAAAAGGGGACGAACAAGGAUUUUGCGUGCAAGUCUAUAGCGAAGCGCAAGUUGACGACUCAGGAAGAUGUGGAGGAUGUGAGGAGGGAGAUUCAGAUCAUGCACCACUUGGCGGGGCACCCCAACGUGAUUCAGAUCGUUGGGGCUUUCGAGGACGCCGUUGCAGUGCACGUCGUGAUGGAACUCUGCGCUGGCGGGGAGCUCUUCGACAGAAUCAUACAGAGGGGGCAUUACACGGAGAGGAAGGCCGCGGAACUUGCUAGGUUGAUUGUUAGUGUGGUGGAGGCUUGUCACUCUCUCGGUGUCAUGCAUAGAGAUUUGAAGCCCGAGAAUUUUUUGUUCAUUAAUCAUGAGGAAGACUCUCCCCUUAAGACCAUUGAUUUUGGACUCUCCGUGUUCUUUAGACCAGUGAAGACGAUCUGUUUGUCUUCCCUUAAAUGGACUGAGACUCGUGAAGGAAAGUCAGUUUCAUCUUUUUCUAAUUCAGAUAUGCAGAAGGAAGCUGCUCUUCUGAUGCAUAGAUAUAUUGAGAAAAUGUUCAUAACUUCAGGUGAAACAUUUACUGAUGUGGUUGGGAGCCCAUACUAUGUGGCCCCUGAAGUUUUACGGAAGCACUAUGGUCCAGAAUGUGAUGUUUGGAGUGCUGGGGUGAUCAUUUAUAUUUUGCUCAGUGGAGUUCCCCCAUUUUGGGAUGAAACGGAACAGGGAAUAUUUGAGCAAGUUUUGAAAGGAGAGCUUGACUUUGUUUCUGAACCCUGGCCAAGCAUAUCUGACAGCGCAAAGGAUCUUGUUCGAAGGAUGCUUACGAGGGACCCUAAGAAGCGGCUGACAGCACAUGAAGUUCUUUGUCACCCAUGGGUUCAAGUCGGAGGUGUUGCUCCUGAUAAACCACUGGAUUCUGCUGUCUUGUCUCGUUUGAAACAGUUCUCUGCAAUGAACAAGCUCAAAAAAAUAGCUAUUCGAGUAAUUGCUGAAAGUCUGUCUGAGGAAGAAAUAGGAGGACUGAAAGAAAUGUUCAGGAUGAUAGACACAGAUAAUAGUGGACAGAUCACUCUUGAGGAAUUGAAAAAUGGUUUGGAGAGAGUGGGUUCUGUUCUUAAGGAUUCUGAAAUUUCUUGGUUGAUGCAAGCGUUUGAUUUGUUGGAAUAUUGGAAAGACAUUGAUAUAUAUUUUGCUUAUGGCUACCAUUACGUUGAUAACAGUGGUACCAUAGACUAUGGUGAAUUCAUAGCAGCUAUGCUACACCUAAACAAGAUCCAGAAGGAGGAUCAUCUAUAUGCAGCAUUCACAUACUUUGACAAAGAUGGGAGUGGAUACAUUACACCGGAUGAGCUCCAACAAGCCUGCGAACAGUUUGGCCUACACGAUUAUCACCUGGAUGAGAUUAUACGUGAAAUUGACCAGGAUAAUGAUGGACGCAUUGAUUACAGUGAGUUUGCAGCAAUGAUGCAAGACACUGGUUUUGGAAAAAAGGGAAUUUAG